AGUUUAAUUUUGUUGUUCUUUGUUUCAAUAUUUAAAUUAAAUAAAAGUAAUAAAAUAAUUUAAAUAAAAAUUAUACGAAGAAAUUAUGUUACCGCGCUAAUGAAAAGAACAUUUUGCUUAGUUUAUUUAAUCUAUUAUCUUAUCUUUCUCUCAUAGCCACUAUGUCAGGCUAAUUAAAUAAAAUUUUAUGUCACAAGACGCACAGAUGUAAAUGACUCAACAUUCGCGGAGCUUCUGUCACUUCAAUGACAUCAUCUUUUGUAUUAUCUCUUUGUUGAACUUAUAUGGAAUAUUCAUAUCGACGAAUCACUUAUGUAAAACGUAUAAUUAAACGUAUAAUUAUGCAUUUUACACACUAUGAAAUACACCCCACAUAUACAUAUAUAACGCGUAUAUCAGCUUUGUAUGAAUUUACUAUAGUAAAGCUAUCCGUUUGACUCAAAAUACAAAUAUAAAUUUACACAAAAAAUAUUUUUCUUACAAAUGUCAAACGAUUGCUAAAUAGCACUGAUAUAACGGUAUAUCUAAUGAUUAAAAGUCAAUACUUAUAGAAAACGUAACAAAUACAAAGAAUAUCUAAUCUCACAUUUAUCAUUAACACAAUGAUUAUCGCAAUAAAUGUCAUGUUCUACGAAGAAAAUAAUGCAAAUGCAUUCCAUUACUAUUUUUAGACCAGUAUCUGUGUACGGAAUUGAUUCCUGGCAAGCUGCUACCCAGACUGGCGUCCCGAUCGUUGCGGUGCAUGAACGCAGGCGCCAUUUCGCUUGUGUGAUACUAUAUACGUAUUUCUCCGUUACAGCAUUGCCAAACAUCAAUAACGUUUAUUGUAGCAUUAUGAUAUGGAAAUGUUAGCUUUGUAUUUUUUACACGAAAUAUUAAUUUUUUUACAAAAGCUAUAAAUGCUAGUUAUUAUUUCGUAAUCUCGGAUAUAAAUUUUGCACUAUAAUUUAAUAUUUCGAUAUGUCGUCUAUGACACGACACGUAUUAACGUCUGCUUGAGUGCAUAAAUUUUAAACUUUUAUGAUGUACGUCUCGACAUAUGACUUACAAAGAGAUAAGUACAAAUAAACUUAUAAGAAAUAUUUUGCUGUUGUCUGGAUAAAAUGCAUCACAUACAUCUGAAAGAAUCUACAUACAAACGAGUUAGCUAUCUAUAAUUAGCUCAAGCAUGCGACGUAAAUUAAUUACAUUGUUUCUAUUCUUCGGAAUUAUAAUAUUUUGUGCGUCGGCGAAGCGUAGUUAUUAUAAUGAUAAUGUUAAUGCAUGGACAGCAUCUCAAAGGAAUCAAUCGGACGGUACGUCAUUUAUUUUAAUAAAUCCAAGACAGAUUCAACGUGCGGAAGCAACGAUAAAACAUUUCUUGACGAGAUUGACUGGGCCGAUCGCUCAGCCAAUAACGCUAAGAAUAUCAUCUUCCGAUGGAGACAAUUUGCAAAGCACAAUUAAUGAGAUAGGCAAGAUUAUACGAACAAAAAUUAUGGGGUUUGCGCGAGCUAGUGGGUUAAUUACAUCAGUCCGUCAAUUUAAGCAAAGACCAUGGAAUUCUACAAUCUCUGAAAAUUGGUUUACCGAAGGUCUGGUUCAGGGAUCACUUUUACUAUGCGAUCUCAUUAGAAUAGGAGAGGAAGUUUGGUCCACGAUCGAUCGUUAUUUCGAUAGGUAUAAUGUGACUCUACACAAGGAAUUAUUACUACGCAAGACAACGAAAAGCUUCAAGUUUCUAAGCAUUAUAAAUGAUCCCGCCAAAUUUAACGAAAAAUUAUUCAAAUGUUUAUUGUCAGCAAAGGAUAGAAGAAAUCAUACAUUUUUUUAUCUUGAUCAAACUCUCGUGAAUUUAAUAAAAGAUUCACCGGACAGUAACAUGAAAACAUUUAAGUUCAACCUAGAACCAACAUUUUCCUAUUUUACACCAAAUAAUGGCACAGCCAAUGAAAAAUUGAACGCGUUGCUUUGUCAUUCAUUGGUUAAAAGAGCUAAUAAUUAUGACGAUUGUAUCAAAGAGCUGCAACGUCUUGUAGCUUGCGUGUCAUUACCGAGGCAAAACUCACGCGAAAUAAUUAUUCAUCGCACACUUGUUGCCAAACCAUGGUUAACAGCUAUUGAAGCUUUAAGUGAUUGUAAGAUUUAUAUCAAUGAGGAUGACAGCGCGAUCGUUCGCUGCAACUUCGAUCAAAAAUUACCGAAGACCACGACGCGGCGAGUUAAGUACAUCUACGAAAAAAUUCUGGACCGUCGAAUAUCUAAACGGUCACCUCUUCGGCGUGUCGCAAAUGAACUCGGAAAUGUUCUCUCAAGAAGCAGAUGGGGAAGACAAUUUAUAUAUGACGUGUGUCAGUAUUUUACGAUUUAUCAAGAUGGCCGCAGAAAAUUAAAUACACUUUCGAAAAAUUAUGCUAAGGACAAGCAAACAGCUAUAAGGUACAAAAAGAUAUCUGUAUCAUUGGAUCUAUACAAAAACGGAGUAUUAAGAAAAACAAUGUUUGCUAUUGGUAACUUGCAUCGUUCCGCUUUAGCGAUGCAAAAAUUCCUUAUUAGUUCUUUCAAGGAAUCAUGGCAGACUCAAAUCCUUGUCUGCUUGUCUAAGUGGAUGAUGAAACUCUUGAAAUUAUUUGGAUAUACAAAUUUGGAUGACAUAGACGUAGACAUUGACACAAUUACUGAUGUCCCGUUAAUUAAUAUGACAGAUUCAGAUAGCGCAAUGAUAAGCGAUGAUAUCUAUGAUAAAAACAAUGAAAUAAAACAUCUUGUGAUAUAUCGCAAAAAAGAUCAGAUAAGAAAGGAGACUGAUGAAGCUUUCGAUAGAUUAGUGCGUUCUAUGAAUCAUGUAAAUAGAGUGCAAAACAGAAACAGUAAAAGCACUUUAGCAUGUCUCGCAAAUAAUUUGUUAUUGGUAACUAUGUUUAUGGAGACUAUUAGUUUUGUUUCUACAUUGUUCUGUCUGGGAGAGCAUACAGAUGAAUCUAACUUUGAAGACUUGGACGAAGAAUGAGUUUCACCUGCAUCUGAACUACAGUUUUAUGUACGAGCUGGAUCUAAUAAAACGGACAAGGACGGACAUAUGCAUAAGGUGACAAACAUUCAUGUGUACAACGAUACAUACAAUCACUUUUCGCAAGUGUUCUAUCACGAUAUCGCGCUUUUUGAAGUGACACCACCAUUUCAUUUUUCGAAAACCGUUCGACCAAUUCGUUUACCGAAAUCAACCUACAGAAUACAACGUCAACUCUUAGUUUGUGGCUGGGGAUCUACAAAACCUCAGAAAGAAAAAACACCCGACGUUCUUUUGGGUGUUUAUGUAGAAUAUGUUCCGUUUGAAAUCUGCUCUUCUUAUUACGUAUCCAUCAAAAAUGAUUAUCAUCUAUGUUAUGGGAGUCGAGGGAAGGAUGCCUGUUUCGGAGAUUCCGGGGGACCAUUAGCUAGUAAGAAAACCAUUUAUGGCAUCGUCUCUUUUGGUAAAGGUUGUGGAGAUAUUACUGGUGUCUAUGUUAGAGUAUCGUAUUAUUUAGAGUGGAUCAAAGAUAUUAUGAAUUUGUGAUCGUGCACGUUGAUAUACAUACAUAU